UAUCUUUAAUGUUAGAAAAAAAGCAUCUCUAGUCUCUAGCACAAACAUUCUUAUUUCAUUUGUGACUUAAUAUAUCUAAAUAACUAGAUCUAUUCUAGAUCAAGACUAGAGAUCUAGAUAUAAUUUAGAAGACCUUCAUUGAGACUAUAUUCUAGAUUUAUAUGGCAGAUAAACGAGAAUCUGUUCGAAUCAAAGAUGGUCAACAACUACGUGUUUUGGAUGAAGCUGCCAGGAGACGUAGACAGCGCAAGGCUCUGGAAGCUUUGGAAGAAGAUAAUUUCUCAGAAGAUCCACAUGCCGAUCUUAAAAUGAGUAAAAAGGCUCCCAAAUUUGACGAAGGCAUUGAUUCAUCUGGUCCUGGACCAAAGAAGAAGAGAAAAUCAAGGGGAGACUUUAAGCUCCGCUACAGAAAAACAUUUUCUGCGUUACUGGAGGAAGAGCACAUGCUGAAUAAAGAUGGACCGACCUAUUUCACAGCUUGUGCUCCACCUUCAACCCUGCCAGAGAGACAUUUCUGUGCUGUCUGUGGUUUUCCCUCCAAUUACACAUGUGUCCAAUGUGGAGCACGCUAUUGCUGUAUUAAAUGCCUGGGCACACAUCAAGACACAAGGUGUUUAAAGUAUACAGCUUAAGUCACAGUUUCAAUGUCAAAGAAGUGAUAGAAUAUCUCACUGAAACACUAGGUUCAUUGAGACCAGAGACUUUUACACUGAGCCAAAUUGUGUUACUUGUGCUUCCCAAUUCACAACAAUGAGCUGUUGCAUUGUGACCAUGACCUAAUGAGCUCUACGAACUGUUCUGUUGCACUGUGAUGGACUUGCCAUUGGUGCUUCGGUUCUACAAAUAAUUGUGUCCAGGCACCAAAUUGUUAACAGUAAUACUGUCUACAAAUCAACAAGUAAAACAAACACUUUACCCAAGGAGAACAUGAAGACCAUUUGUAGUGUUUUUUUUUUUUAAAUAUUUUUUUUUUGUUUUUCUUUUUCCAAUCGUUUUAUUAGUUAAUGUAGCCAAUACAAUCAGUGAUAAAAGUUAUGAUGUCUAGUUGCCAUGGGAGCAGCUUGUCAACAUUUAGUGGCUGUUGGUGACAAUUUAGAGUCUUGUUCUAAUUUUUGUCCCACUCAAUGGUUCAAUGACAAAAGUAUUUCAAAAUAAAACAACAUUAUUAAUAGAAGUAGACAAAAAUGUAGCUUGUGUUCCUCUGGCAACUAGUAAAUAUAACACAUUUUUUUUCAUAACAUCAUGUUUCAACUCUAAUAAAUCUGGAUUGAAAAAUCA